AUGAAGUACGAGAACAGACAUCAACGCCAGUUGAGAAAGGCUUUCGCAGAAAAGGUCAUGAUUAGACAUGUGUACAAACACACUUUCACAGAUGAGGCAGUCCAUACUUGCAAGGAGAUCCUAUCCAACCCCGGCAUUCAAGCCGACUUGGUCGCUGAGAUCAAGAUCACCCUCGCGGAGAAUGCCAGCGAGAAGCACGCCGGCGACAAGAUCACCUGGACAAGAGAGGCUCGGGAGGUGUUGAAAGAGCUCUUGAAAGAGUCACACCCCCGAGCAGUUGCGGGCCAUGGCCACACUUUCUUGGUCCAGCUUAGCCAGCGAGCAGACGCCCUCGAGAGGGCAUUGGGCCUUGCCCCUCAAGAGGUGUCAUCAAGUAAUGUGCCCGCCGGGUUGGGAGUGGCGUCCUCUGUGGUUGCAACGGCGCAAUCACAAGAAGAGUCCACGCCGGUGAAACCGGGUGGCCCACCGGGGCUGGCCAUGGAAAAUGCGCUCGUUGAGAAGGGCAGACCAGAUGAGAGGGGCAGGAUGGCCCGGAGGCUGCUUGAGCUGGAGUCUGAGUGUACGCGGUUGCGAACAGACAACCACCACCUCAGACUCGCCCAGGGAUUGGCACGUCAUGCUCAAGGUCAGCUUGUGGCAGAGCACCAGGCUGAAGUACAAGACCUCAACGCUCUCGUCGAGGCCCGCGACAAUGAGAUCCGGGCGUUGAACGCACGACUCACCGACCAAGCCGAGACGAUCUUCCGGUUGGUCAUGGCCCAGUACCCAGAGCAUGAGAGGGAUGCUCUGUUGGCAAGACGAUGA